GCCGCCUAUGGCGAUAGAAGCACAACGGGUCAGCUGCCAAUACCGUCAUUUCGCCGCCGGUUUGGUUGCUAAAUACAAGGGUUGUAUGUAACUACGUUAUAAACACUGACAAUGCGGUUGGUAAUAUUGGAUUCCUAUUGUGACGCCAGUACUUGGGCGGCCAAGUAUGUCAGAAAUAGAAUAUUGUCAUUUAAUCCGGGACCAGAAAAAUACUUUACUCUCGGUCUUCCAACAGGGUCAACACCAUUAGGAAUGUACAAAAAGCUGAUAGAGUUCUAUAAAGGUGGUGAUUUGUCUUUCAAGUAUGUUAAGACUUUUAACAUGGAUGAAUACGUAGGACUACCAAGAGAUCAUGCUGAGAGCUACCACACUUACAUGUGGGACAACUUCUUCAAACAUAUUGAUAUUAUACCUGAAAAUGUCAAUCUGUUGGAUGGAAAUGCUGAUGAUUUAGUUGCUGAAUGUGAUAGUUUUGAAGAUAGAAUCGCUGCUGCAGGUGGAAUUGAACUUUUUAUAGGAGGUAUUGGACCGGAUGGUCACAUAGCAUUCAAUGAACCAGGAUCUAGUCUGGUGUCCAAAACACGAGUGAAAACAUUAGCACAAGACACAAUAGAAGCCAAUGCAAGAUUCUUUAAUGGUGAUAUCAGUAAAGUGCCAACUAUGGCAUUGACAGUUGGCGUUAAAACGGUAAUGGAUGCCAGGGAGGUUAUGAUUAUUAUUACUGGCGCACACAAAGCAUUUGCAUUAUACAAAGCCAUUGAAGAAGGCGUUAGCCACAUGUGGACAGUGUCAGCAUUUCAACAACAUCCAAAAACAAUCUUCAUUGCAGAUGAAGAUGCAACACUGGAGUUAAGGGUCAAGACAGUCAAGUACUUUAAAGGGUUGAUGCAUGUACACAACAAACUUGUGGAGCCGCUUGAAAGUACACAAGAAAAGAAAAAACAAAAAAUGAAUUAAAUUGACAUUGUUUGUUUUAA